UUUUAAAAAUGUAAAGUCAUCCCCUAAAGCUAACGAGAGUCUUUAACUGUACAUAUCCUUCAAACUCUGCAACAAACGAUCCUUCUAGACCUAUCGCAACAAUCAUCAACCAGACAAAUCGUGCACGAGAUUGCCCUACUUUUAAUAAAACGUGUACAAAUAAUUGUAGCGCAUUUCCACAAAUGAUUUUUGAUAACCUUCCAAGAUAAGCUUAAUAUGAUUAUAGCCUGUCGAAAACUAGAUUUGUCAAGUUAAGGUUUGCUUCACAUUAUCAAUUUUUUGUGUUUUGAAAUGAAAGCUUAAUUUCAAUGACUUGUACCGAUGUCAAAAACAAAGUAAUUGAGAUCAUGAGAGUGAGUAAGUGUUGUAGGAUGAUGGAAAAUUUUGGCAAGAUUGCAUGAUGAAAUAUUGGCUAGACUUUCAUGGUCACUAAUGCAGAAAUCACGGUAUAAUUAGUGGAUUACGAGGCCACAAAAAGCUGUGUACAUAUAAACAUUGUAGAUGUCCGAAAUGUGACUUAAUUUUCGAGCGACAAAGGAUUAUGGCUCAACAAGUAGCACUUAAACGUCAACAAGCAGUUGAAGACGCGAUUGCACUUCGUUUAGCAUCGAAUGAGACUGGAAAGUCACUUGAAUCGCUACCGCCGGGAAAAAUUUUUGGUAUGAAAGUCACAGAACCUAAAACAGAAUCGUCGCCAUCACCUACAAUUGAAGUACAAUCUACACAUGAUGAGAUGAGUAAGAAAUCUGAUUCCGUGUCAUCCAGCACACCACUUGUGUCACAAAAUGCCAUAGAGAUGCUUUCAUCACUAUUCCCACAUAGGAAACGAUCAGUAUUGGAGCUUGUGCUGAGACGAUGCGAUCUAGACUUGCUGAAAGCGAUCGAACAGUGUAGCAAGACGCAACAACCAUCACAUUCAUUAAUUUCAACACGCGAAUCUCCUGCAUCUAGCCCUGAAAUACAAAGUGCAUUUCGGCCAAUUGCAUCAUCGAAAACAUCAAUUACACCAACAUUACAUCAAUUAUCGGCGAUUCCGACACAAAAUCCGUCAAGUUAUACGUCAUUGAUUGCAUAUCCAAAUAAAUGGUUCCUACCCAUACCCGUUACUAUGAGUCAUCAUCACUUGGCAAGUUUACCGCGCUGUAAUAUGGCAAAUUGUACAAUGUGCUUGCAUCAUCCUGCAACACUUUAAAUUCCGGUCGAUGGACAAGUGAAAUUCGGCUUUUUUUGCACAACCAAAGACAUGAUGAUGUACAGGCCAAAGCGGUAAUAUAAUAUGUGUCAAAAGAUAUUUAAUAAACAAAUUAAUUCUAUAGAAAUUGCGAUGUUUUAUUAUUGUCGGAAUGAAUGCUACAUUAGAAUAAUAGAUAAUGAAAUAAAAAAUUUAUGUUUAACAGUAAAGCAAGUCUAUUGAAGUUUAUGAAAGAAAGAACUAGCUACCAACCAGGUGUAGGAUGAUUCAAGGUGAAAUAUAAGCUAUUACGUGCUAUGUUUCAUAUUGUUCUAUCUUUCUCUCUUCUAUUGUAGAAUCUUUUUUUGGAAUAUGAAUAAAUUUUGAGAUUCACUUUGACUACCUGGGUUGUGAAUGUGAAGCUUCCGCAAUGAUUUUUUGGAUAUUUCUAGAUUUUUGAAUUGAUAAAAGUUCGCUAUGUAAUAAUUUUGAAUGUGAGUUGAGUUUUGUGGCUUUAGGAAUUAAAGAUUUUUUAGAUGAAUGGUUUAUGAUGAAGCAGCAAGUUGUUGAAUUGAAAUUUCAAGUUUGCCAAACUAGUCAACAGAGAUUUGAUCAAUUUUUGAUCAUUUUU